AUGGUACCUCAACCUAUUCUUUCGGUCUCCUCACCAACCAAAACACACUUUCGUAACUACGAUCAUGUAACUUGGUAUGUCUCAAACGCUAGACAAGCGUCAUCGUAUUUCAUUUCCCGUUUUGGUUUCACUAGGGUCGCGUACAUGGGCCUCGAGACAGGAUCCCAAGAUAUUUGCGGACAUGUGGUUCAAAGCGGUAACAUUUUGAUGGUUUUCAAGAGCUGUUUGAGGUCUACUGCAUCUGAGGAAGCUAACUCUCAGAUUGUUAACGAAAUUCAGCACUUUGUUAAAACGCAUGGCGACGGAAUCAAGGACAUAGCUUUUUCCGUUGACAAUGUUCAUGACGUUUUGGAAACUGCAAGAUCUGCUGGAGCUGAGAUUAUCGAUGAGCCCUUCGACCUAUUUGACAAAAACGGCAAAGUUUCAAUGGCUAGAGUGAAAGCGUAUGGUGAUGUUACACACACAUUGAUCAAUCGCGAAGCAUAUCGGGGCACUUUCCUUCCCAGUUACGCGGACGUUACAGAACAGUACAACCACUACAAUUUAUUCGGUGAAACCAAGUUUGACUGUGUUGAUCACUGCGUUGGUAGUCAAGGCUGGGACGAGAUGGAGCCAAUCACCCACUUCUACGAGAAAGCAUUUGGUUUCCAUCGUUACUGGUCAGUCGAUGAAAAACAGAUUCAUACAGACUUUUCUGCAUUGAGAUCUACAGUAGUGGCAUCGGCAGACGAAGUGAUCAAAAUGCCUAUAAACGAGCCAGCAGAAGGCUUGCGCAAGUCCCAGGUUGAAGAGUAUUAUACGUUCAACGAGGGCCCUGGUAUUCAACAUAUUGCUCUUUUGACACAUGAUAUAAUUGAAACCGUUGGAACCCUGAUACGCCGGGGAGUUGAGUUCAUGAAGGCACCUGAUGCCUACUACGACAGACUCCGUUCACGUCUCAGUAAGUCGAAAGUUCAUAUCAAAGAGGCCCUUGAUGAUAUUCAGCGCUUGAACCUUCUGGUUGAUUUCGAUGAUCGUGGCUAUCUACUUCAGAUCUUUACACGCCCGCUCACUGACAGGCCAACCGUGUUUUUCGAAAUCAUCCAGCGUGAAAACUUUGAUGGCUUUGGUGCGGGCAACUUCAAGUCUUUAUUCGAAGCCAUUGAAGCAGAACAAUUGGCCCGCGGCACUCUGUGA